AUGUUCUGCAUCGGUGGCGGUAUCCUGAUGGCCAUUCUUGUGCUGAUGGGUGUUGUCAUCGGUCUUUACCACAAAAUAUCCAACGCAUUAAAACCUCCAAAGUCACCUCUUUGUUUGGCCUUAAAAAAUAAUCCAGCCAUACUCACUCAGGACAAGGUUGCUGCAGCCGCCCUCUCCGCUGGGUCUUAUCCCAACCUCCAAUGCUGUGAUGAAUGUAGCUUGUAUGCUGACUUCGAUCCCCUGCCACCAUGCUUCUGUGAUGUAAAUGAGGGACUUUGA